AAGGAUGAUACGAUUGUAAUGUCGGAGGUCUUGUUACUCAUGUCAGGGCCAUCUCUAUGCCAUGUGUAGCGAUAGAAGUCAGUAGUCAUCCGAUGUAGAUGCACGCUGGUUGAGGAUGUUGAUUGUACGACAUGUAUGCGAAAGCUCAUACUGCAGCUUGUAAGCUCCUUUUCGUGCCAUGACGGGCGACACGAUCCGUGUCACUAGAACCCAUGUUCGCGUCGCCGUUGGCGUCUUGGACGUGUUCUCCGUGGAGAUGAGAGCUGUAGUUACAAUGACCUCAUCUUGUGCACAUUCCUUACAUAUGCAGGGUCGCGUCGCGUGUAGUUGCGCUGAUUUCGUCCGCCGCAACAAUCGAAGAACUGUGUACAGCCAGUCAAAUCGCUUAUUGAACCAGUCGAUUGGGAAUGUAGCCGGAAGGAAUGACGGUUCUCGAGGCGCAAGUGUUACUGUUGACAGCCGAAGCGUUCGAGCUAGGCCGACGGGACCUCCGUUUUGGGGCACAGGCCCAGGGUCUGGGGGAACGAGCUUCAGCAAGGUGGCAUCUUCAAAUUGCCGCCCCGCCUGGGCUACCAUUGGCACCGCGCAUCAGCGCAGGGCAUUUGAGAUGGAUGGGCGACUGCAGAUUCGCUGGCAAGCUCAACCAAGACCGCGACGAGGCCGGAGUAAGGCAAAGGCGUGUCUUUGAUCUUGCUGUAGUGCAGUUGCUGGUUCGUGCGGGCGCAGCAUGAGAUCCCUUGGCGACAGUGCUCCGCCGAUUCCGCGCUAUGCACACAUUGGGGAAGCGCCGUCCCUGUUGAGCGCACCUUCCCAUAAGCUCCACCAUCGCUCA